GGGGAGUAUUAACUUUGGAGUGUUUGAGGUACUUUUUGAAAGGCAUUGGGGUGGUACUGCAAGAAGAAAUAUCCACCUGGAGGGGUCGAAGUUCAGAGAUGUCAAAAGGCAUCUCUGAACUUCCGGUCACGGGAAAUGAGAAAUCUCAGGCGAAGAUCCAAAAUCACUUGCACUCCAACAGGAAGACUCUGUUCUCCGAACUGCUCCCUAAAGGUACAGAAAAUCUUCCUGGAAGCAACCAUGGAAUCUUCAACGGUGCUCCGUCCAUAUCCUUCUCCUCUGAAGAAGAAAUAAAGCUGGCAGAACCUCUUUCCCGUGGGCUUGUGGGGCGAUGCAGUAGUAGAGUCAGGUUAGAUGAUUUGGAGGCAUUCCUUGUCAAAGGCGGCUAUUAUGAGUUCAAACUGAGACGGCUGCGAAAGAAUGACAUUCUCUUCCUCUUUAAACGGGAAGGAGACUACUUGCGUUGGUUCUCCCGGCGACGCUGGGUUAUCAAUGGAAUCAGUGUUGCAAUCUCCAAAUGGUCCCCAGACUACUCCCCAACUCGUGAAUCCCCAAUUGCUCCGGUGUGGAUAAAGCUCGAGCAUUACCCAGUUCAUCUCAACGACCAUGGAGUUCUAUUUAAAGUGGCAUCCCUUUUUGGUAAGCCUGUUAAACUCGACUCCAAUACUGCGAUUGGUGUUUUCCCUGAACAACCUAGAUUCUGCGUUGAAAGGGACACCUCUCUGCCGUUUCCUUCCCGUCUUCAUGUUCGGUUGGGAUGCAAGGAUCUCUGGCUUCCUUGUAAGUUUGAGAAUCCACCACAAUUCUGCUCCUGUUGUUCUAUUUUUGGGCAUAAUGUCAACAAUUGCCGGAAGCAUAAACUAUCGAACCUCACCGGAAAAGCUCCGGCUGGUGAGGUGGGCCACAAGGGAGCGGGCUUUACGGAGGAUCUUGCAGGGUGGACAUGGGUAAAAGGAAAAAGACGAGUCAAGCCAGAUUCACUUUUGGGUAGGGAUGAUUUUAAUGUGGGACCUAGAUAUUCCCCUACCAAAAGCCUAGUCCAAAAUCAGGUUGCCAUUCCUAAAACUGGCGUCCCUCUUCCCCAUGCCCCUCCUGUUGUUCACACCACUUAUGAUCAACCAAGUACGUCCAAACAGGUGAAGUCCCACUGGUCUCUUCUCAUGCCUAUCAUUGAAGAUGUAAAUGAAGAUGAUGCCCUCUCCCAAGCCACGCCAUCUCCUUCACAUAAACAUGAAUCUGUCCCACUACCCCACCAUAACUCUGAUGACAGGUGGGUAGGCGGGGUGAGGGCGUGGGCCGAGGAGACCAGGUGUGGGGUUGGGGAAGUGCCAGGGUUGAGAUCCGGUGGGUUGCCGCUGAUUCGAGCCGCCACGACCGCGGCCACGUCCUCGUCCUCGGUUGCCGCCGUUAAAGCUCCGAGGGGAACUGCCGUAGCCACGACCAGGGCCAUUCUGCCGCUGCUGCCCGCCUCCUGCAGGAUUCCCGCCGCUGCUCCCGGUGCUAAAGAGGGCCGUCGAAGAGUCGGCGCCGUGGGUGGCGUCGUCUUGUUGUUCGACGAGCAAAAGAGCCGAACGGACCUCCAUAAAAGUGGGGAACGGAGUUUGAUAUUGAAGAAACCGCCCAGGCCUCCGGCCGGCAAUCGCCUCUUCUCUGAGGUUGUGGCUGAGGGUUUCACGGGUAAAGCACUUCAAGGACGAGCAACAGGUUUUUCUAAAGGAGUACCAUCUGUCACUUUUACCAAGGAGGAUAUCUCUGAACUGGCUGGUAGGUUUAAACUUGCCCUGGUUGCCAAGUUUCAAGAACGUCCAUCAUUCUCAUCCAUGGAUCGGUUUAUUAAACGUCUUGGGCUGAUGGAGACAUGUGAGAUCUCAUCUCUUCCUAGGCAGCGUUUUCUCCUCAAUUUUAAAAACGAAGAAGACUACGUAAGACUAUUUUUGCGGAGAGUUUGGUCUGUGCAUGGCUCUACUAUGAUGCUAUCAAAGUGGUGCCCCUCACUUUCUCAGGAAUAUGAUAAUCCUGUUAUGCCAGUUUGGAUUGCUUUCCCUGAUCUUCCUAUUCAUCUACAUGAUAAAAGGGCUCUAAGGAUUAUUGCUUCUACCAUUGGUACGCCACUAAAGGUUGACAUGCAUACUUUAAAUUUCACGAGGCCUGAACUUGCACGAUGUUGUGUGGAGGUUGAUAUCUCCAACCUUCCGCCCCCUAAGAUUCUCAUUAACCAUGGUGGUGAAGAGCUCAUCUUUCCUUUUUAUUAUGAACUUGUCCCAUCCUUUUGUAAUCAUUGUAAAAAGGUUGGCCAUGAUCAUGAUUCAUGCCCACGCUGGAAACCCUUGGAGGGUUUGGAUGGCCAGAAUAUGGAUAGGGAGAAGCAUGGGUCCAAAACUUGUCUUUUGGAGGAGCGGGAUACUGGAUGGCAGGUUGUUCAACCCAAGAAAGGAAAGGCUAAGAGCAAUACUACACUGACUUGGAGGGUCAAGGAAUCUGGCAAUAAGGGACCAUGGUUGGAAGGGCCAGGGGAAUGUUCUAAAGCAACUAAGAGUAUGAAGGAUAUGGUUCCUUUUACUGAACCUCAAUCCAGCUGCAGUCCUGAGCCAACCCACACAUCUGAGAGUGAGGAUGUUCAAUCAUACUCUAUAACAGAUCCAGCUAUUCUUUCAGCUUUUACUUUGCAGCAUCUUUUUGAUAAUUCAAUUCAGAUCCCCUAUCAAGAAGAUUUUCCAGUUGAUGACAGCAUGGCUAUUGUCCCCUUUGAACAAAACCCUAUUGCUGUUGAAUUUCCUGCAGAGGUUUUUGAGGUUGAGGAUGUUGUUGAAGUUUUGACCCCUUCCAAAAAAGGCCAGAGAUUGAAGAAGUAUGUUCCUCCAUCUCCUGAGAAUCCUGGACUUGCUAGCAUAUCUGAGCAUAAAGGCCUUAUUGGUCCAGACAUGGGAAGUAUUGAGGAUUCCACCCAAACCAUUAGUGACUUUGGCAAUAGUUUUCUGGUUUUCAGUUGGCAUCAGAUAGUUGGAACAGCCAUGAAUAUGUCCUCCUCAUCCACGUACGUAAGGUCACAAGGUAACCCAGGUGGUGAAGUCCAGGAGCCACCACAACUGCACCACAAGAAUCUGCCCCGCCCAUACCUGGCCAGCGAGCAAGUCAAACACCAAACAGGCUUAAAUCAGAAGGUUUUUGAAAGCAGUUAUGUGGGGGACAUGGAGGAUAUUUUAAGUCAAAUACAGCCUGCUAUGACUGAUCAGGAUAAUGUAUUUAUGGGCUCUAUUCCAGAGGAGGAGGAAAUUAGGAAAACAGUUUGGAGUUUAAAUCCUAAUAGUUCAGCUGGUAGUGAUGGGUUUAAUGGUUUCUUCUAUAGGUAUUGCUGGGAUACCAUCAAACUUGAUGUUUGUAAGGCUGUCCAGGAAUUCUUUGUUGGGGUCAAGCUGCCAAGAGUCUUUGGCAGUACUUUAAUUACUCUUAUCCCUAAAAAUGAGUCUGCCAUCACCCUGGAUCAGUUUAGACCCAUUUCUCUGUCCACUUUCUUUAGCAAGAUUACAACCAGAAUAUUGAGUGACAGACUCAAAAAACUAUUGCCCAAGCUUAUCUCUCCAGAGCAGGCUGCUUUCCAGCAGGGCAAAAGCAUAACUGAGCAUGUUCUCAUGGCUAAGGAAAUGGUUCAUCUCCUUUCAGCAAAGGUGAGAGGAGGGAAUUGUAUACUGAAGCUGGAUUUGUCUAAAGCUUUUGAUAAACUCUCAUGGCAUUUUCUGGAAGGAAUCCUGGCUAAAUUUGGUUUUAAUCAAAGAGUGGUUCAGCUUUUUAUGGGAAACCUUAAAUCAACCUUCUUUUCUGUGCUUAUUAAUGGGCAGCCAAAGGGUUUCUUUCCUAUGAAGUGUGGGGUUAAGCAGGGUGAUCCUUUAUCACCCUUACUUUUCAUUCUAGCCUUGGAGGGUCUUACCAGAUUCUUGAAUUACCAGCACUCAAUUGGCAGGAUCUCCUCCUUUUCUUCUGGCAGAACCCCAACCCCUAGCCAUCUUCUUUAUGCAGAUGACAUUAUUAUUUUUACAAAGGCAGAUUGCAGAAACUUAUUGAGAGUGAAGACAAUCUUAUCAUCCUUUAUGGAAGCUUCAGGGCAGGCUAUAAAUUUAAACAAAAGUCAAGCCAUUGUGCAUGACAAGAUGAGGCUUGAGCAGAAAAGGGCAAUUACCAGAAUUCUAGGCAUUAAGUGCCAUACAAAGGAGUUUACUUAUUUGGGCUCUACUAUUGUCAGAGGUAAGCUCAAGAAGAUACAUUGCAAGGAGUUGGUGGAGAAGUUUGAAAAGAGGAUAAUAUCAUGGUACAGUAGAAAGCUAAACCAGAUGGGGAAGCUUAUACUUAUCAAACAUGUGCUUUCUUCUAUACCUUUACAUUUAGUGGCUGCACAAAGUCUCCCGAAAUCUAUCAUCAAAUGUCUCAAUGGCUUGAUGGCUAAUUUCUUUUGGGGAGCUAAGGAUGAUGGCCACAAAUACCAUUGGAGGAGAUGGACUAGGCUCUGUUUGCCUUUUGAAGAAGGGGGCCUGGGUUUGAGGGAUUUAAAUCUUUGUCAAACAGCUGCCUCUAUUGAUUUAUGGUGGAAGGUCCAUAAGGGGGUUUCAAUCUGGAGUCAGUAUAUGCGGGCCAAGUACUUUAGGAAUGGUGAUUACGCAUAUCAAGCAUAUGAUUCCUAUACAUGGAAAGCCAUCUGCAGGGUUUUUUACUUAGUUCCUCCUCACUGCCAUUUUAACAAUGGGGUACUGCAAUGGAGGACUGGAACCUAUAGUUUCAAAGUGGCUUAUUCUUUAACUUAUAAUCAUCACCCAAAGCAACUGUCAUGUGUUUACUUAUGGGAUAAGAGGCAGAUUGGAAAAGUUGGCAUCUUUCUUUGGAGGUGCUUGAACAGGAUUCUCCCUCUCCCCAUGAAUCUUAGCCGGAUGAAUGUGCAUACAUCAGCUCUUUGUCCUUUUUGUAUGGCAGACGAUAUGGAUGAGGAUCAUCUUUUCAUCAACUGCAGAGAGGUUGUGGAGCUCUGGAGGUUGCCUCUCCACGGUCUGCUCCGUGACCUCUGCCUCCAUUUUGGAUUUGCUCCGGGUCAAUUGACUGCCAACGCGCACAAGUACGUCGCGUCCUACAUCCUGCGGUGCUGUGCCUUGGAUAGAACCCCGAAACUGGACGAAUUCCUUCUCCUCUUCAGUAUCGGUGGUUUCCCCUUUUACAGCCUGUACCCCCAUAACCAUUUUCCUAUUUUUGAGAAGGUUGAGCUCAAGAUCGACAGAUGGUCACUAAAAUACUUCAUCAUUGAAUUCCCAGCUCAUAGUCCCCUUGACCUUCUGGGUGUUGUUCUCCGGCGUUCCAUCUCCCGGACGAAAUUCGCUGCAGCAGAAUUAGCGGAAGGGGUGUACAAUGCCGUGAAGGGAAAAGAAGAGGUGCCUUCUCCUGGGAGAUCAAAGGUUCCUUCUACUGCAGAGUCUAUCCCGGCUGCGAGCUCUUCAGGAAAUCAACCUCAAGGCGGUUCCACUACCUUAGUUGUGCGCAAUCCGGCCGCUGCCCUAGAGGUCACUCCCAUCUCUGCCAUCCCCGGGCUUAGGAGACCUACUCCAUCCCAGAAACGACCAAGGGAGGGAGUCACUGAUGAUGAUUUCCUACUAAAGAAGAACAGGGAUGACAGUAUCUCCGUCUCGCCUAGCCCCCUGUCGACCUCUUCUGGCCCUCAGAACAAUCCUCCUGCUGCCACUCCCGGAAAUUUAGGGCUGGAGUUGCCCCAACCGGGAAGUCUGGAUCAGGAGGCAGAUGAACAUCCAGGCCAGGCGUCACUCACAAAAUCUGCGGUGCAACCUCAGCCUGAUGCCAACAAUUCCCCCCCUCAAACUGCAUCUGCCCCCCUAGAACUGGAGGAAAAAGCUGAGGGGCAGAAAGAACCAGAGUCUUUCCCUGCAGUAGAGAAGGAAGUUGAAACCCAGCAAUCACUCCUCACUCUGACUGAGGAAUACCUGGGUGGAGCCUCUGGAAACUUUCUGGCUAUUGUGCUCCUGAGGGAAAGGGAACUGGCUGCCAGGGCUUUGCAACAGAAGGUUGACACCCUGGAACAACAAGUCCAGAUCCUGCAAGGGGAGAAUGCUCGGCUCCAAGCAGAUGGCUCUACCGAGCUAGCAGCUGAGAGAUCCAAGGUCCAGACCCUGCAAGAUCAGAUUGCUAAUUACCACAAGGAGACCCAGGAUCUGGAAGUGCAGUUCGAUAGAUUCCGGGCACAAAUCUCCAAUCUGGAAUCAAGGGCCUCAGCUUCAGAAGAUCAGGUUGGAAGCCUGAAAGCUGAGUUGGCUGAAAGGGAGUCCAGGAUUUCCACGCUGGAGGAAUCCCUCCAGGAUGCCAAGCGUGAGAGUUCCCAUUACAAUGAAUUCGCCCUGAGGCAGAUGGAGGCAAGACGGCUCGUCCUCGAGCAGUUGAAAAGAGAGAGACAGGCUGCAAGUGAGCUACGGGCGAAGGCAGAUGAACAAGAGAAGACGAUCGCUGCUCAUCAAGAAGAGGUGGCCACCCUGAUUGCCCGUGCCAAAGCCCUCUACGAAGAGGGGCAAUUUGAUAUGCAACAAUGCAUCUAUGGGGUAGUCCAGAGUGGUCUCCCAGAGAACCGCACCUUGGAUGACUUCAUCUCCUACUAUGGGUUACCUCUUCCUCUUCCUUCCCCAGCUUCUCGCGCAGACCCGGGGCCUUGACUUAUCCCUCCUUGUUGACUGUUAUACUUUGCCUUGUACUUAUUUGGAUGAUAGUAAACUGAUAACUCCUGA